GUGUGGGUCGAGUCCCAGGCCCAGAUCCUGGUGGCAGCCGAGCGGUCAGUCCUGUUCGCACUGAACUUUGACUUCUCGGUCGACAUCCCCGAGGCGUGGGUGCUGCCCGCUGUGCGCGCGCUAGGCGUGCCGGUCCCGACGCACGGGAGGGAGGCGGCGGGGGCGGCAGGGGCGGCGGCGCAGGACUUGGUGGUCAGAGUCAACAGCCUGAUCAACAGCAG